AAAAAUGACACGUUACGGCAGUCUGUGGCCGUUCGCCUUGCUCCUGGCGAUCCACAUUUGCGGCGCCGAAAAGCCCUACAGCGUCGACCUGAACUCCUUUGAUCCUGUCAAGGACUACGAUAGUGAUGGCAAGUGGGUCGACUGGGGCACGCUGCGCAUGAAGAAGGUGGGACGCAACAAGUUCGCCCUCGCCGGUGACUUUGAGUUCAAGCUGAACAUGGGCGACGAGCAAGGGAUAAUGCUGCGUGUAUUUGUCUACGACUCGGGUGCCGGCCAGAAGGGUCCCCUGGUGAUGAACGUGAAGAAGCCCUUCUGCAAGUUCGUCAAUGAGGACGAGAAAACGUAUCCGUAUCUGCAAAAGGCCUCCAAUAUGCCCGAGCAGGGUGACUGUCCCUUCCCCAAGGGCCAGUACAAGAUCGACAACUACGAGCUGGAGACCGAGUUCCUGCCCGACGAUGCGCCCAAGGGAGAUUACCUGCUCGAGCUGACCAUCCUGGACAAGGAUGCCGGCGUGGCCGGCCUCAUAGCCAUUGUGACACUGACCUGAUGCCGACACUCCAUUUCCCCAUCUGCUCGUUUUAUGCUCUAAUUUAUUUCAGCAAUGUUUUCUUUUUUGUGUGUGGUUUUUGUCGAGUUUUUGGGUGGAUCCAUUCGACACGACAAGCGUUCUUCCAUGCUGUAUACUAACCUCUCUGCUCAUUAUGUUCAUUCUACCUUUUUUUUGUAUAUUUGUUCUAUUAAUCACGGACCUCAAUAUAAUGCUAUCGCUUUCAAAGACAA